UUAAGAGAUUCUUGAGUUGAGAAGCUGGAGAGCAGGUUUUGAUUGUGUUGGCUGAAAUCUGGCUAUUGCUUUACUUGAAGGAUAUUAUUGCAGAUUGUGAAUUAUUGGAAUUGGAGGUUCAGAGCGUGAACAUUCUUUUGUCUUGAGCUCCAACGCGAUCCAACAACAACACAACGACACAACAACACCACACACACCACACACACCACACACCUCAACAGAUGACCACACUCUCGCGCACGGAGGACCUGCAGCACGACUCAAGAACAAGCAACAUGUUUGUUGUGCCCUCGAUCCUGGACUCGACGAUGUCGACUGAAUACCGGUGGGCUACGGAUUCGGUCGCGGGGGGAAACGAUCGGUUGCAGAGACUUGCGUCGCCGUUUUUUGAUCAUGGGGAACUCAGUCGGUUGACUGAAGAGGACUCGGCGGUUCAGAACGACGAAACAAGUCGCGUCAAACAUCUAGCAGAGCUCCUCGACGAAUUCAACCAGACGCAUCCGACAGCUCCCAACAAACCCGCCGCCGCGACCGUGGUGCAGGAUCCAAAUUCUGGCUCUGACCUGACUACAAGCACCGGCUUCACAUCUACCGCGGAAUCAUCUCUUCCCGUGCGGCCGGAGAUGCAGACCGCGGGAUCGCCGGGUGCUAAAGGUCCAACUUCAAAAGUGAAUGAGGCUGCUAUGACGCGCGAGGAAGCUGAAUUCAGUCGGUCUUCAGUUGCGUCGUCGCCGGCGUCGUUUGAUAGUCGAUCAUACGGCGACUCUGAUUACAACACCGAGACAAUCAGGUUGAACAAUCCUGCAAACCCAGAUCGAACAUCAAAGACCCAGUCUAAAAGUCAAGAACAAGCACGCAAACCAUCGGAAGUCAUCACGGAUCCCGCGGCGAACUUCACGCCCAUGCGAUCGAAGUCCGCCGGCGCGGCGGAGAACCAAUCUCCUUCGUCGCGGCCUCAUCAAACGCUGGCCAAUGGCGAUACCACGUUCCUGCUAAAGCAGUUACGGCAGCUAACAGUCGAGUGCGAGAACCGUGAUAAUUUAAUUUCAGAGAUGCAGACGAAAGAAAAGGAGUUUGAGCGGAAAGAGCGGCAGUGGGAAACGCAGCAGCGGGAGUUUAAGAAGCAGCAGCAGGACCUGCUGCGUCAGCAGGAGAUGCAGUUCCAGCGCAUGCUCGCGCAGAUCGAGAGUCGGAGUCGGGCGCAGACUGCCGCUGCCGAUGCCGAGACUAAAGACUUAACUGCGGAUUUGCCGCUUGCGCAGUCGUCGGGCGUGAAAGACCGGGUGACGCUCGAAAGCGUUGCGGACAGCGACUUGGAGUCGGUUGCGGAGGAGGUCAGUUUCGGGUACGCAUUCGAUCAGUCGCGGACUGGGAUUUACGAGCCGUUUGAGCGGGAUCGCGCUGCUGCUGCUGCUGCCGUGCCGCCGCCUGUCGCUGUAGAGGACACGGUGGUUGUUCAUCCGAUUCCGAAACGGCCUGCGCAGGUGCAGAAGCCUCAGCCGGUGAAGCCAGGGCCGAGUUCUUCGCCAGCAGCUGCUCGUACUGAGGAAGAACUUCGCCUGCUCGAGUCGCUGAGUGCGUCGCUGCGUCAUUCGCUCUCACUCGAGCAGAACCUGGAGGACGCGAGGUCUGAGAUCGGACGGCUGCAGGGGCUGGUUGAAAAUCUGUUGAAGCAGAAGCAGAAUGCUGAUUUACAGGCGCGCGUAAGUCCCUUGCUACAACCUGUGUCGUCCACGCCGCCGUUUGAUAAAGAGCACGUUACAUUCCACAAGAUCUCACCGUCGAUAUCACCCGUGAAAGCGGCGGUUCCGCCGCCUUCGUUUUCCGGGAACAACGCGACGAACGGGGAUAGUUCGGCGCCGCCGCUGAGUGAGAAGACUGGAGAGUUGGAGAAGUUGGUUGCAGAGUAUGGAAGGGAGAUUGCGAAGCUGAAAGGACGGGCGUCUGUUAUGGGGCCCGCGGAUAUGCCUGAUGCGCGGUCGUAUACGGCGUUUAAAAGCGAUAAGCUGUAUUACAGACUACAGAUGGACAAAGUAGAUGAGCUCGGUGUUUCUGAGCUCGGGAAUAUUGUAAAGAACAUCCUCCUCCAACUAAACAUCCCCUUUUCCGAGCUACAGACUUGCAUAAUGUCCCUCCCCGUCCACUUUGAGAACGAGGACCGGUACAUGCAUUUCGCAAACGACGUCCACCGCGCGCUCUACUACGGCUCGCAGAUCGACCCCGACGGCACGCUGCCGCUGGGCGAAGGGUCGUUGCAUGAGAUGGAAUGUCUUGGCGAGAUGCUGGCGCGGAUCGAGAAACUUGCGAGGGCGGCGGAGAGGAGGGAGAAGAAGCGGAGGGCGGCGGCGGGGCGGCAGUAGGUGUGGGUUUUGUUUUUUCGACUUGAGUUUUAUGAAUUAAUGCAUGAGUUGUUGUAGUUUUA